GUGCACCAAGGUAGUAAAAUCACGAUUGAAAGCAGUGUUGCUGCAUUUCAAGCGGCUGGACUACAUCAACUCCGAGCAUUAGCGAAACGAGAACGGCGGAAUCCGCGGACCAUAGUACAAGGAACGCGUUUAUUACUCUGUUUGGGACUAUUCCAGCAGGACCCUAAAAAGGCACCUCGUUCUGAGGCGAGCCACCCUCAGCCACUGAGACCACCAUCGGCUCCGGCGCUGCUCACC